AUGGCGGCGGUGGCUAUGACAGCAGGCCCUGGAGUUGCCAGUUCUGAGGUACCUGCGGCGCUUCCAAUGGCUAGCUCUCCAGUUCCUCCAGGUCUUGCGGCCACUUCAACGACUUCCGGGACUACAAGCUCAGCACCAGCUCUGGAAAUGCCAGAGGCUGAAGUCAAGCAGCCUCUCAAGGAGGCUAACGCCAUGUUGAAGGAGAUGAGGCAGCUGAAGAUGUUGGCAUUGUCGUCCACUCAGGUCGAGAAUAUGGCGGUUGGUCAUAGAUGUCACCCAGGUGAUGGUCGUACUGGCUUGUUGGACUCUGGGGCUUCACAUCCUUUUCGUGUAGCCACUGAGGAGGAGAUUGAGAGAGCUACAAGAGUCAAAGUGCAGUUGGCGGAUGGUGCGGAGGUGGUUCUGGCGCAAAACAAGGCUGGCACUUUGCUGGCAAGGCCCUCAAGAGAGGGGGACACCGCUACUCCGAUCGUGCCUUUGGGUUCUCUUGUUCAGGAUCUUGGAUGUGAUGUUUCUUGGUCUCGACAUCGUGGGCUUGAGAUUAGACAUCCUGAACAUGGUGUGAUUCGUCCCAACGUUGUAGGCCCAUGUCCAGUUGUGGGAGAAGCCUGUGCCUUGGACUUGAUUAAGGAGUUGGAGGACUUGAAGCUUUCGACUCUUCAGACUUCGACGGCUUCUAUGGCAAGGGCGAUUUGGACUUGGGAUCAGGAGAAGGCUUGGUCUCAGUGCUUGGACGCUUUCUUGUUGACUGGAUCGCGGGCUGCUCAACUUCAGGUUUUGUCCGCAGAAGAUUCGCCUUUUCGAAGUGUAAGCCAAGCAGACAGAGCGCGCCUGGCGGAGGGAGUGGAUCUCUCUUCACGUGCUGGCUGGGACUACUUGAAGGCCUUCCCAGUCUCUAGGCAAAAGAGAAAGCGGCUGAUGUCUUUGCCUUGGGUGGUCCAUUUGUACGCCGGCAAUGGCAAGGGAGCAGAUCCUAUCCUGAGGGAUCUGGAGGACAACACCGUGAUCUUGGAGAUUGACAUCACGAGAUCCCUGUCCUACGACCUGCACAAAAUGAGUGGUGUGUAUCGUGGACUUCUAUGGGGAGCAGCUACAGGUCGGAUUGCUGGGCUUGUAGGAUCGCCUCCGUGUCGAGGGGAACGUGAUGUUCAACUUGUCUUGAAGCAGAUGUGGCUCACACCAGUUGCCAAGGCGGCCAGAAGCAAUCAAGGGGCAUUUCCUUUGUUCACAAUGAUGGAGGGUCGCAAGCUCUUUGAGAUCAUCAAGGGCAAGGAUGGGCGGUGCUGGGAUUCUCUUCGAGCAACAUGGCCGGCCUUUGUGGAGCAGAUGUGCCUGGAGGAGGUUGGAGAAGUUAUGGCAACAAACCUUGACUUUGUCCUUCCCUUGGAGAUCACCACUGGAGAGAACGCAGCGUGGACGCAUGGCUUCAAGUUGGCGGUUGUUGAGGCAAUCAAGCGAUGGAAGGUGGAGCCAGAAGCUCUUCAAGUGGUCAAGUGGGCCAAAAAGAUUGAUGUCAAGGUCAUCCACAACCAGACGGUGGGCAUCCAGGUGAUCCACGACCAGAUGGUGGGCACCCAGGUGAUCCACGACCAGACGGUGGGCAUCCAGGCGAUCCACGACCAGACGGUGAGCACCCAGGUGAUCCACGACCAGAUGGUGGGCAUCCAGGUGAUCCACGACCAGAUGGUGGGCAUCCAGGUGAUUCACGACCAGAUGGUGGGUGAUCCGUUUGAGGAGGAGCCUGAAGACGAGGCUCCAGUUGUUGAUGAAUCAGACCUGAGAGGCCUUUCCCAGGAGGAGUUUGAGAAGAUCUUCCAUGAGGUCCAGGACUUCGUCGGAGGUGUAUGCGGCUGCGCAAGAGCCGUUUUUGACAUUGAAGGCGGAGAGAGGCUCAGCUUGGAAGAGGGCAAGAAGUUCUUCCUUUCGGGACUCCAUGUCCACUCCAAGGUCUAUGGGACCUCCUUUCUCACCUCGGCGCAUCUGAGGCCUCAUCUUGUGGAUUCCGAGAAGAUAGUUGAUCUUGGCAAGUACGAGGCUCUGGUCAUGACACCAGCGCGGCGGCUAAAGAGCAAGAUGUCUUUGGAGGAGCGCGUUGAGUUUGACCCCUGGGACGUGGGCGAGCAUGACCCUGAACACCCUGCUGAGCAGUACGCCUUAGGCCUCCUUCGAGAAGAUCAUCUCGAGCCGGAGCAAGUUGAGGUACUUGCGUAUAUGCUUCCUGGCACUUCUCUCAUUCCUAAGCGCUUUGGAGUUGUAGAAGAAGCUGAGAAGAUUUGGUCGUCAGGAGCAUUUGUUCAUGGAGGUGUGGUUGGUGUGAAGAAAUCAACAUCGGCCUUUCCAAUGUCGACAAAAGUUUUUGUCAAGUAUGCAAAGCAGAUUGCUCCGAGCCAUGAGUUCAAUUCCGUGUCUGUCAAUAUCAACAUUCAAGCAAGAGGUCAUAAGGACAUUCACAACGUUGGGGAGAACAUGAUCGCUCCGCUCUCAGUCUUCAAGGAGGGUGGCUUGGAUGUGGACACGCCGGACGGGACUGUAACGCUGAAUCUUCAAGAAGGUCCUAUUUUCUUCAGCCCGAAGCACAUGCAUACAACAAGGCCUUGGUCGAGUGGUAACCGCGUCGUCCUUGUGGCCUACUCUAUUAGAGACAGUGGCAAGCCGAAGGCAGACGACAUCACUCUCCUUCGAGAUAUGGGUUUUCAGUGGGCUCCGCAUUUGUCAAGGCAGGACUUUGUUGAGCAAGCCCCAGCUUUGAGGACAUUGCGUGUGGGUCUGGUGGGCAAGGCCAGGGGUGUGGAUAUCCAGUCCUCAGUGGAUGCGCAAGCUGCUGAAUCGGCUCCUGCUGGGGAUUUUGUGGUUGAGCAGGAGCGUGACUUAGCUCUUUCUCAGGAGGAGAAGUGUGACGAUGCUGAGCAGCCUUCAGCACCCCUGGAACAUGUGCGUCAGGAUCUUGGUCUUGUUCUUCAAGACCUUGAAGAGCGGGCUGCCCGACUUAGAGAUCUGCUUGAGGAAGAGGAGAUCUUGAGUGAAGAGCACCGUAGAGUUGGAGACGCUGAGGAGGGCUUUGACAUGUUUGAGGGCCACGCGGGCAUCUUCUUCUUCAUCUGGAGGUCGAGAAUCUCUUGGCCACAGGAACUGUUCGACAAGUCCCUUUCAGAGCUACGAGCGCUUGAGCAGAAAGGCCUUGUCACUGUCGCUUCGGCUAAAUGCGUCUUCACCUUGAAACCUCCAGUCACCCACGGAUCCAAGCACAAAAGGAAAUGCCGAUUGGUGAUUUGUGGCAAUUUUCUUGCUGAUGAGGGAGGAAGCCUUUAUGCUUCAGGGGUCAACACUGACUCUUUGAGAUUGGCACUGGUGUUGGCUGCUUCUAGGCAAUGGCUGGCGGCGGUCUCCGAUAUCACAGGGGCCUUCCUACUAGCUCCUUGGCCAGAUCACCUUCCUCGUUACGGCAUUUAUCCUCCAAGAGUUGUUAGAGAUGCUCAAGUGGUUGAAGAUGUUGGGUGGCUGCUUGAGAGACCGUUGCACGGCUUAAGGGAGAGUCCAUCAGUGCGGGCGGCAUAUCGUGAUGCCCGCUUGAAGGAAGCCUGCAUCGUUUUGGACACCGUGGUUCUGAUCUUGAGACCUACGAUUUCUGAGACGGAGUUGUGGAUGGUCCUUGAUGAGUCAAGCGGUGAACUGCUUGGCUUGGUGGUCACGUAUGCCGACGACAUCCUGUGUUUGGGGGAGCUCUACAUCAUCAAUGCCCUGCAUUCGUUUGUCGUGGAGAAGUGGCCAGCUAGUCCCUUGGAGUGGGUGAAUGACAAGAUUGCCGUGAGGUGCCUGGGAGUGGAGAUUCUUUGGGAGCCCGGGGCUAAGAGCUUCAGCCAAGCAGCAUACAUAGCAGACAUACUGCGCGCACAUAACCUUCACAACGCACACAGCACGCUGUUACCUGUUCCGAGAGAGUGGGUCGAAGCUGCUGAAGCUGAGCUGGAGGAUGUGGAGGCGGAUAUCAGUGAGUCUGUUUUGCAUAGCGCUCAAAGAGCAUUUGGCGAGGCGCUGUGGCUGGCGACAAAGUCAUGUUUUGAGGGUGAGUCCUUUGGAGCAGCGGUGGUUACCCUGGAAGUUUGCCCUGGAAAGUACAGCAAGGUUUUGGCUAUCGAUAACACAAGCGCGGUGGCCAUGUGCAGCGGAGGCGACCUGCAACUGGCGGACCUUGCAACUAAGCUUCAGCCAAAGGUGAGACUUUGGAGACUGCUGACCUUGUGGGGAUUUGUUGGAGAUCGCUUGACAGAGAUGCUGAAUGCCUUCAAGGACAAGCUUUUGUCUGUGGUGGUGGUUCUUUCAGCGUUGUUGGCGCGCAGAGCUCUGUUUCUGGAGGCCUGGAAGAUCUUCAAGAAAGGUGAGUGCUAA